AUGCCACUACGAAUAUUUAUCAAUCAGAUAUCAUCGCCCAUCACCAAAUAUACGGAGCUAGAGCCAGCACUCUGUCAGGAGUUAAAAAAAAUUGUGGAGGCCGUCAUAGUUCCAGGAAAAGGAUUACUAGCUUGUGAUGAGUCUCCUGCAUCUUUACAAAAACGAUUCGAUGAGCUCGGUGUGGAAAAUACCGAAACUAAUCGGCGCAAUUAUCGACAAAUGUUAUUUUCAGCUGAUAAGUCUGAAUUUUCAAAAUGCAUAAGUGGUGUUAUUCUGCAUCAUGAGACAAUUUAUGAAAAAACGGCUGAUGGUAUCGACAUGAUCGAACUGUUACGUCAAAGGAAUGUCAUGCCCGGUAUUAAGGUCGACAAGGGAUUGGUCCCUCUUUUUGGCGCGAAAACCGAAAAUACUACGGAAGGUCUGGACAAUUUGCAAGAAAGAUGCAUUCAAUAUAAGAGAGACGGCUGCCAUUUUGCCAAAUGGAGAUGCACAUUCAGCAUUACGGAGACCACGCCGUCUCAGUUGGCCAUGGUUACGAAUGCGGAUGUCCUCGCAAGAUACGCCACUAUAUGUCAGAGUGCACGAAUAGUACCCAUAAUAGAACCAGAAAUAUUAAGCCCCGGUGAACAUGGAAUAAAUAAAGCGUUAGAAGUUCAUGAAGAAGUGUUAUCUAUCGUAAUGCGUGCUUUACAACAACAUCGAGUUUACCUCGAAGGUAUGAUAUUGAAAUCAGCGAUGGUUUUGCCAGGAAAGAAAGAAGAAAUUAAUUGUACACCACAGAUUGUGGCUGAACAUACAGUAUUAGCUUUACAAAGAACAGUACCACCAGCAGUGCCAGCAGUCAUAUUUCUAAGUGGUGGUCAAACGGAUGAAGAUUCUGUAAUAAAUUUAAAUGCUAUUGCAAAUUACGAAGGGAAAAAACCUUGGCAAUUAACGUAUUGUUAUGGACGUGCCUUACAAAACGAAGUAAUGAAGAUUUGGAAAGGAAAUGCUUCAAAGGUAGCUGAAGCCCAAGCCUUGCUUUUGAAAAAAGUACAACUUGCCUCUCAGGCUUCAUUAGGACAAUUAGAAAUUGAUAACAGCGUAUGCACUAAGUAAUCCUUUGGUUAUUAACCAUCUUACAAAUACUCGAUUAAAACAUACCAAUCAUAUAUAUAUCUGUAUAAAUGAAUAUUGUAAUCUGUAUAACGAAUGUUAUGUAAUACUCCAAUUUUCAAUUGCAUUAUGCAAUUCAACGAUAUCAAAUACAUACGAUUGUCUAUUGAUUCUCUCGAAUAUCUUCGAUGCAAUCGAUUUCAACAAAUUCAUCAAGAUCAUUACCAAGUCAUGAUGAGAUGAUAUCUUACAUUAUUAUCAAUGAAUUUUAUCACGUAAAUGAUAAAGAAUAUUUCAACGAAUAUUUUAUCACAAGAAUACGUCAACCUUUAUAAUGAAAUGAUGGUAUGAGUAAAUUCGACGAAUGUCAUACAAGGUGCCCUUGAUUGACCUCUAAAGCAGGGAUUCUCAAUUGAAGGCUUCUGCGAUAAUACGUGAGAGUUAGGUCGUACGUUACUCGAAAAUUUACCUCACUAGUGGUCGAUACAGCGUCAUUUCCAUGGAUCCCCACCAACCACGUUCUCUUAUUCUUGUAAGCAUUAUAGACCGGAUCAUCAACACGUGUGCUCGACACUGUCGUAACUAUAGAGCAUUUAUUCAAUGCGACUUGAUAAAUUUAUAUUUGAUUCAUUAUUUUGAUUAAAAAAAUAUAUAAUGUAAUAUAAAAAAUAAA